AUGGAUCGUUCCGUCGUCCCAGAGAAAGGCGGGCUCGAUCCGAGACAUCUUGAGCUCGUUAUAGACGGGACAGCUCGUGGCGUUCAAGCUCAAUAUGAACCAGUAACAGAAUCCGAAAAGGCUCUUAACAAGAGGGUGAAUCGUAAGCUCGACUUCAUCGUUUUGUCACUACUCGCCGUCGAGUUUAUCUUCUGUGGUAUUGAUAAAACAAACGUCGGCUUCGUGGCGACCAGCACUUUCCCAAAAGAUGCGCAUCUCGGCCGUGAUGCGAUUCCCCAUUCCCUAUCUUUGUUUUCCGCGACAUAUGUGGUUUUUCAACCAAUCAUGGUUGUUUUGGCUCGCCGUGUAGGCGUCAAGUACUUCAUCACAGUCCAGUUGAUCAUAUGGGGCGGCAUUUGCAUGUGCCAUGCAGCUAUCCGCAAUAGAGGUACGUUGAUAGCACUUCGUUUGCUCAUCGGUGCCGCCGAGGCUGGCUUCACUCAAGUCGGCAACUAUUACAUGUCAACACUGUAUCCCAGAUCACAAUUGGCCUGGCGAGUGGGUAUCUUUUCGGGCAUGUAUUCAAUCGCAGGUGCUUUCGCCGGAUUGAUCGCAUACGGUCUUCUAAAGAUAAACACACCAAGUAUACAUGGCUGGCAAGCCGUGUUUUUACUCGAAGGAGGGUUUACAGUUCUACUCGGUAUACUCAGCUUCUUCGUGCUACCGCGACGGCUUGCGACAGCCUGGUUCCUGAAUGACGAGGAGCGCAAGCACGCUGUUUAUCGCAUGGAGGUCGAUCUAGCAGGCACACAGGAAGAAGCCGACGUGCACAGCACACGAGUCACGAAACGCGAUUUCAUCGAUGUCAUGACAGACUGGAAGAAAUUGCUCACCGUGGUGUGCAAUAUCACGACCGUGCUGCCCGUUAGUGCUUUCACGACCUUCAUGCCGCUGGUUGUCAAAGGAAUGGGCUUCUCAGGAACAGAUGCUACGCUGAUGAGCGCACCACCGUUUAUAGCCGGCGUUAUUGGCCUGCUCAUAAUCGUGAGGUCCAGUGAUCAUUUGCGAGAGCGAUCGCUACAUACAGUGCUUGGUCUGCUCAUCGGAAUGAUCGGCUGCAUCGUAAUGGCCGCAAGUAAUGAGAACAAACUUCGAUAUGGCUUUUCCUAUGUUUGCAUGACAGGCGUAUUUGUAGGCGGGCCGCUAGUCGCGGUUUGGCUUGCUGGCAACACGCCGUGGAAAGGUAGCAGAAGCGUCAUACUUGGUAUCAACGGCUGGAGCAACAUCGCCGGAGUUAUUGCUGGACAAAUAUUCAAGGAUAAAUAUGCCCCUAGAUAUGAAGUUCCUUUGAUCAUCACCAUUUGUAUCAUGGUAGUUGGAGCUUGCGGACUCAUCUUUCUUCGCUUCAUGUAUCAAAGAGAGAACAAGAAAAGGGCUGAAGAGAUAGCAACCUGGGAUGAACAGCGUUUUGCCGAAGAAAGCGCGUCAGAGGUUCGUCGUGGUGACCAAAGGAAAACUUUUAUGUAUGGACUGUAA